CCUUCCAUAGCUGCAGCCCACAUGCAGCCCCGGACACAGCCCCUAGCCCAGGCCCUGCCCUUCUCCCUCGGAGGGGUCCUGCGAGACACUGGACUUCGGGUUCCCAUCAUGAAGAUGGGCACAGGGUGGGAGGGCCUGCAGCGGACCCUGAAGGAAAUGGUCUACAUCCUCCUCUGCUGCUGGUGUAUUAAGGAGCUGCUGGAUUAACGGUGGCAGAGACCUGCCUCCACUCCACGGGCACCAUGGCCGGCAUCGCUCAGCACCCAGUCCAGCAUCCAUCAAGACUCCCAGGGCCAGCUGUGCUUGACCAAGGAUGGGCCACAAACAACGAGUGAAGUGCUAUCCUGUUUCAAGUUUGUGCCAUCUGUCAGACCUGCCUCGUCUCUGGGCCUCUGUUCCCAGCCCCCACCACCAGCGCACCUCUGGUGCACAGGGGCUUGGCCCGCUGGCUAGGACCCCAGUCAGACUGCAGCAGACCUGGCGCUCCUCCAAGUCUGGCUCGGGGAGCCUGCUGGCCCAGAUGGCUGAUCUUACCAUACCCUCCCAAUACCAGGAAUGGCCUGCCCCCAGUCUCUCUGUUUGAGAAUCACUGAACUAUAUGUAUAAUAAAU